AUGGGUGGCAAAGGUGGCAGCGGCGGUGGCGGCGGAGGCAAAGGUAGUGGCGGUGGCGGCAGUAAAGGUGGUGGAGGAAGUGGAGCAAAAGGCAGUGGAGGUGUUGGUGGAGGGUCUGGAGGAGCGAUGAAGGCGCCUGGUGGUAAUGGAUCAUACAUAUCAAGGGCCGGGUUUGAGAGCAACCCUCAGGGCUACUUUUCUGGUCUGCAUGCUGGCAGCGGUGGUGGUGCAGGGUCAGGAGGAAUGAUGAAGGCUCCUGGUGGUGAUGGGUCAUACAUAUCAAGGGAUGGGUUUGAGAGUAGCCCUCAGGGCUACUUUUCUGGUGUGCAUGCUGGUGAAAAGUCCAAUAAAUAAAAUGUUACUACCUAAUUUUAGGGGAUGGAUGAAGAAGUUUCUCUUUAUAUGAUGGUUCAUAAUGAAUUCUGGCUCUAUUUUGUUUUUAUUUUUAUUUUUAUUUUAAAUUAAUGAAAAAAUAUAUAUAUGAAAUUAUGUGGUAUUUAUAAUUGCUUGGUCCUUCGUAUGUUUUCUGGUCUGCUUGAUUGGUAGCCCAGCCUACACAGACCUCAUUUUCAUUUACACUUUGGUGUAUAAUUUAUAAAAAUUUGUAAAAUGCUCUCUCCGAAAAUUUUCUUUUCUAAAAAUCCCUCUGAUUCUCUCUCUCUCUUUUUCUCUGUUUUUUUACUCCAAAAAAUUUGCAUUCUCUUUAUUCAUUCAAAUACUUAUUAUUAUUAUUAUUAUUAUUAUUUAAUCAAAGUUCUUUCAUAUUUUAUUUCUUUUAAUUUUAACUUUUCUUUGUUUUUCUUUUUCUUCAUUUGUUUUUGUUAAUUAUAUAAACAACAGUAAUGAGAUUUUAUUUUAUUUUUUUAAAAAACAAAUAUAAUAUA